GCAAAAGCCCGUCCUAAAAAGUCCAUAACACAGGCAGACAGCACUCAGAUCGUGUUCACAAGAGUCGACUUUAGAUGGUGAGGGGGACCAGGCACACUUGCUGAACUAGAUUUGCUCUUCAAGUAUCCAGUUCCCCACAAUGGCAGCCCUCUGCCUGCCUCUGGCACCUGCAGGCCCUGCUGGUGCCUGGGUGCUGCUAAUCCUCAUAGUGGGCGUCGGCAGCAGUGCCCUUGUUGAGGUUCAAGUCCCAAACUCAGUGAACUGCACUAUAGGACAGGACUGUAUCCUGAGCUGCACUUUCAGUUAUAACAAUGACAUGAAGGAUCUGGCUGUAACGUGGACUUGGGUGAAAAAAGUGGAGCACACCGUUCACAGUUACUAUGACAACACGGACCAGCUUACCCAUCAGUUCCCUCAGUAUGUGAGCAGGACCAGCCUGUUUGAUUCUGAGCUGCAGCGCGGGAACGCUUCACUGCUGCUGAGGAGAGUCAGGGAAGAAGAUGCUGGAGAAUACAAGUGCUAUAUUAAUGGUCGUAUGGGCUAUGGGGCGAGCCGUGAGUUAGUCCUGUUCCCAGCUGAACCCACAGCACCAGCUGGUCCAGAUAAACCCACACCACCACCACCAGCUUCUGCAAAUAGAUACCAGCGCUGGGGGCUCGUCGCAUUGUUCGUUAUUGUUUUAUGUUUGUUUUUGUUUAAAGCUUGCGCUGCGCUGAUGGAAAUUUUUCGUCGUGUCUCCCGGUGUGCCGAUGAGGAGAGACAGAAGCAUCGUAUCGAUGGGUCGGCCUCUUCGGUUUCUGAUGAUUACAUUUCCUGACCCUUUGAUUUAUUAUGUUUUUAUCGAGAGGGACGAGGUUCUUUCACAGCAAGUGCAUCUCCGUCCAGCGUAACAUUCCAAUUUAGAAUGCUGCGGCUUUAACGCUGUCCGCGCAGCGUAAAACUGACAAAGUCUAAAACAGGCUGCAUUCCUGUCUUUGGGCAUCUGGCAUAAAUGUAGAGGUGUAACAUUUUAUACCUUUCUCUCCAUUACUCACAGAUGAUUUUGCUAGUUUGACCAGACUCUGAUACAAAUAACUUGAAUCUGUCCUCUACCAAUCUCCAUAGUUAUCCUGUUUUAAGAGCUGAUGUACAUACAGCAAGAGGGCUUGAAAUGCAAGGUGCUGAUGUUACAACUGACCCCAGUACAAUUGCGAGUGGUGAGCAGAGGAUACAGUGAAUAAUUGGGCAUUACAAAAUUGGGGAAAAAAAAACCAGGGUAAAAAAUUGGCAACGACUAAAUUAAAAAAUAAAUAAAUAAAUACCUUAAAG